UGAGAUUUCAGUAAUAAUUGAUUGAAAAUGCAGCCGAGAGCAAUUGACAAAGCCCCGAAGUGGAGUAAAGAGUAAGCCAAGAACAGUAUAAGGGCAAACCGACGUUCACAGAUAGAGAGGGGAUAUGGCGAUUCCGCAUCGUCAGCUGUUCAUUGACGGCAAGUGGAGAGAACCUGUCAAGAAGAAACGCAUUCCCGUCGUCAAUCCUGCUACCGAAGAAAGCAUAGGGGAUAUUCCUGCUGCUACAGAAGAAGAUGUGGACAUUGCCGUAGAUUCUGCUCGCAGAGCCCUUGCCCGAAAUAAAGGGAAAGAUUGGGCAUCAGCCUCUGGGGCACAUAGGGCUAAGUAUUUGCGUGCUAUAGCUGCCAAGAUAACAGAACUGAAGUCUGAACUAGCUAAACUGGAAGCUAUUGAUUGCGGAAAACCCCUGGAGGAAGCUGCAUGGGAUAUGGAUGACGUGGCUGGAUGUUUUGAGUACUAUGCAGACAUUGCUGAAGGCUUGGAUGCAAAGCAAAAGGCUCCUGUGUCUCUUCCAAUGGAGACAUUCAAGUCUCAUGUUUUAAAGGAACCAAUUGGUGUUGUUGGACUUAUCACUCCAUGGAAUUACCCUCUAUUGAUGGCUACAUGGAAAGUUGCCCCUGCCCUGGCUGCUGGUUGUGCUGCAAUUCUCAAGCCGUCUGAGUUGGCAUCAGUUACUUGCUUGGAGUUGGCUGAAGUUUGUAGAGAGGUGGGUCUUCCUCCAGGUGUCCUUAAUAUUCUGACUGGAUUAGGCCCAGAAGCUGGUGCACCCCUGGCAUCUCAUCCGCACGUUGACAAGAUUGCAUUUACUGGAAGUACAACCACUGGCAGCAAGAUCAUGAUGGCUGCAGCACAAAUUGUCAAGCCAGUCACACUUGAACUUGGUGGGAAAAGCCCCAUUCUCGUCUUUGAGGAUGUGGACCUUGAUAAAGCUGCUGAAUGGAUAAUGUUUGGUUGCUUUUGGACAAAUGGUCAGAUUUGUAGUGCAACCUCUCGCCUGGUAGUGCAAGAAAGCAUAGCUACAGAACUUUUGGACAGACUUGCGAAGUGGUGCAAAAGCAUUAAAAUAUCAGACCCUUUGGAAGAAGGCUGCCGGCUUGGCCCUGUUGUUAGUGCAGGUCAGUAUGAGAAGAUAAUGGAGCUCAUCUCGACAGCUAGGAAUGAAGGUGCAACUAUCUUGUGUGGCGGGGUUCGUCCUCAGCACUUGAAGAAAGGUUACUUUGUUGAGCCAACCAUCAUAAGCGACGUAACCACCUCUAUGCAAAUUUGGAGAGAGGAAGUCUUUGGACCUGUUCUGUGUGUUAAAACAUUUAGCACUGAAGAUGAAGCCAUUGCACUGGCAAAUGACACCCAUUAUGGCCUAGCUGCUGCUGUGAUAUCCAAAGAUCUGGAAAGGUGUGAGCGGAUGACAAAGGCUCUCGAAGCAGGCAUUGUCUGGGUAAACUGUUCACAGCCUUGCUUUUGUCAAGCUCCAUGGGGAGGCAAGAAGCGCAGUGGUUUUGGGCGUGAAUUAGGAGAAUGGGGGCUUGAUAACUACUUGAGCGUGAAGCAGGUAACCCAGUACGUAUCUGAUGAGCCAUGGGGUUGGUAUCCAAGGCCAAAGCUUUGAAGAUUUCUCUAGGACAGGAGAAUUGCGAUUGUACACACUACCAAUCCAAACAAGGUUUUAAGAUUUUCAUAAGCAGGCUAUGAUGCUUUAUUUCCUCACAGUUUAUUAAUCUAAGCAUUAGAUCUACUUAAUUAGGUGGACUAUAUAAAGUUGCUCCUUCCAUCUUUGAAUAUUGUGCAGCUUCUAAACAGAUUGUUCCUCUUGAAUUUAAUAAGAGCGGAAAAAGAUUGCCCGAA